AAGUGAACGUGCUGAUUAAUACCUCCGUGUCGAUUUAUCGCCCUAUCACCCUUGCUCUUACAGAACAUUCCGUUUCGUGGAAAUCAACAUAACAACAACCAUGGUACGUGGCUGGAUCUCAUUGCUUAUGGGGCCAAGGGCUGCGUCGGGGUUCCUGAUGGGCGGAUGAGGGAACGGCCGGACGAUGACACGCCAGUCUAAUCGGAUGCAUCUGCCACAAUGAAGACCUUAGCGGAUUGUUGUUGAUCGGAUGUUGACUCUACGAGAGGGUUCAAUUGGAACCAUGGAAUCCCGGCCCCCUCGUCUGCCCGUCCAAUCCCUUCCGUCCCUCGUUUCCGCGGAUCGCAGCCUUGCGUCGCUGAUUGCUCGUCAUCUCAGCUGCACGAGCUGAAUCUUUCCUCUUUUUCUUCUUCAUCCCCAUCGCUUCCAUUCCUUCUUUCCUUUUUCUACCUGUCUGCCUUUUAUUGCUGCCAAGAUGCCUCACUCACCCCAUUCUCACCACGAUCAACAGGCCUCGACCAACUACAAGGAAGCCUUCUCGCUGUUCGACAAGCGCGGUACCGGCAAGGUCGCGAUCGAGUCGCUCGGCGACCUCCUCCGUGCGUGCGGUCAGAACCCCACGUUGGCGGAAAUCGCGGAUCUGGAGAAGACCGUGGGCGGAGACUUUGAUUUCGAGUCGUUCUUGAAGGUCCUCAACCGCCCCGGAGGAUUCCGCGAUCCCGGCGAGCCCGAGGAAUAUACCCGUGGAUUCCAAGUUUUCGAUAAGGAUUUGACUGGGUUUAUCGGAGUGGGACAACUGCGCUACAUUCUCACGAACCUGGGCGAGAAGAUGUCCGACGAGGAGGUCGAUGAGCUGCUCAAGGCCGUUGAUACUAGCUCCGGCGAGAUCAACUAUACCGACCUCGUCCGCACCAUCCUUGCCAACUAAACAACAUACGAUACCCUUCCUGACGCUUCCUGACGAAAUUCUUUUUCUUCCCAUGCGAUCCUGCAGCCGGCGUUGUCGGCUUGAGAUUAGAUUUAGUUUAUCUGUUUUAGGUUUAUCCUUGUAGUGUAUAUGGGGCUGUUCAUUCAGCGAAUUGGAAAUGGAAAGACAGCAUGUCUAUACUUUACUAUAUAGUGUCUACCGAU